GAUGUGUGUGUGUGUGUGUGUGGAGCAGUUACCUACCUAGUCAGAGUGUCGCUAACCACUGGAUUGUUAAACAACAAGCAAAAAGACAUCCUCGGGAGGGAAGCACACGCGGACUCGCUCUCGAGGAGGAUAUUUAGCUUUUGUACCCCCGCCAUCAGCGCUCGGCACAGGUUGAAGCGGUGCAGCCGGUCCAGAAGCGAGCAUUAUGCAUUCAGACUGCAGGCUGCUAUGGUCAGAGCGGUAAUGGUGGGCAGGGGACCGACAGGGGCCAGGGUUCUCGUCCUGUCGAUUCUCAUCAUUCUCACCACGAAAGGCUGUCGAGCGCAGAAAGGUGAUGGCUGUGGUCCCAGUGUGCUUGGCCCCAACAGUGGGACUCUGUCCUCUCUGGGUCACCCGGGGACGUACCCGAACAACACGGUGUGUGAGUGGGAGGUCAGUGUGCCCCCCGGGAGCAGGAUCCACUUUCGCUUUGCUGAGCUGGACAUAGAAGACAGCAACUGCCAGGUCAACUACCUCCGCCUCUACAACGGCUUUGGAAAAGAUAGGAGUGAGAUUGUGAAGUACUGCGGUUUAGGUCUGAAGAUCAAAGAGCUGAUCGAGUCAACUGGCAACCAGGUCACUGUCCUGUUCCAGAGUGGGACCCACCACAGUGGACGUGGAUUCUACUUGUCGUACUCCACCACUGAACACAGAGAUCUAAUCACCUGCUUGGACAAAGGAACUGAUUUCCCCGAGGCAGAGUUCAGUAAAUACUGUCCAGCAGGCUGCCUGACAUCUACAGAGGAGAUUUCUGGAACUAUACCUAAUGGAUACAGAGAGUCGUCUCCUCUGUGUGUGGCAGCCGUACAUGCAGGUGUGGUGUCCAACGCCGUGGGAGGGAGGAUCAGCGUGGUCAGCAGCAAAGGCAUCCCUCACUAUGAGGCCACACUGGCUAACAAUGUCACUUCCACUGGAGGAACUCUGUCGAACAGCCUCUUCACCUUUAAGACCAACGGCUGCUAUGGAACGCUGGGUUUAGAGUCUGGUGGUGUUGCGGACACUCAGCUGUCUGCUUCCUCUGUGUGGGAGUGGAAGAACAACAUUGGUCGGUACAGUGUGUGGGCGCCAUCGGGAGCACGACUUAAAAGGGCGGGGCUGCCCUGGGCACCUUCUCAGAGUGACCAACAGCAGUGGCUGCAGGUUGAUCUCAAGAGGGAGAAGAGGAUCACAGGUAUCACCACCACAGGCUCUACUCUAAGAGAGUACCAGUACUAUGUUUCAGCAUACCGGGUCCUGUACAGCAACGAUGGCCAGCAGUGGUACAUCUACAGGGAAGCAAAUUCUACACAAGACAAGAUAUUCCAAGGCAACAUCAACUAUCUGCAUGAGGUGAGGAAUAACUUCAUACCUCCAAUUGAGGCCCGGUUUGUGAGGAUAAAUCCAACCCUAUGGCACCAGAGAAUCGCGCUCAAGUUGGAGCUGCUUGGCUGCCAGAUUUCCUCAGUGAGGCGGUGGACAGAGAUGCAGCCUGGGCCAAGGAUGUUUCCCCCCUCUCGUCACACACCACCUCCUGUGGGUACCAAACACCCACCUCCCGUUGGCCAAACCACACACACCCCGGACAUAAGAAACACCACUAUGCCUCCUCACACCGACAAAGAUGUGGCGCUGGCAGCAGUUCUGGUGCCUGUGUUGGUCAUGGUUCUAACCGCUCUCAUUUUGAUUGUGGUUUGUGCGUGGCACUGGAGGAACAGGAAAAAGAGCUCUGAAGGAACAUAUGAUCUCCCUCACUGGGAUCGCACAGACUGGUGGAAAAGCAUGAAGCAGCUGUUGCCUUCAAAGAUGGUGGAGACAGAGGAUUCAGUCCGGUACAGCAGCAGCGAAGUGGGCCGGAUAACAGGUAGAGGUGCUGUACCCAGACUACAUGCUGAACCUGCAGAAUAUGCUCAGCCACUGGUGAGCGGUGUUACAACAUUAGGUCCCCGGUCAACCUUUAAACCGGACGAGGGGCCCGACCCAGGAUAUUCUGACCCUGACCUGUACGACGCCCCCAUCUCUCCAGAAGUAUACCACGCCUAUGCAGAACCCCUGCCAGCUUCGGGAUCUGAAUACGCUACACCCAUUGUGGUUGAUAUGGGUUGCCAUCCAUCAGGGGGCUCCUCUUUGAGCCAGCCUUCCACAGUGUGCAGUUUCAUGGGUGCCGGGCCGGCCUCUCUGCUCACACGGACAGACAGUAGCCAUUCAGGGAGGUCUGCUUAUGAUACACCCAAGAAUGCCACUGGACAGGUCACACCCACUGAGGAUCUCACCUAUCAGGUACCUCAGAGUAGCACUCAGAAGCCAACGGGACAGAGCUGAAGAAUCUGGAUGCACAUGACCUUAAUCUGCCCCUCACUGCCGACACAACCCAAUGGACAUGGAUGGAAGGUUGUAAAAGGAGGAGGUGUGAACCUGUGAGGCCUGGUCUUAAAUCUUGAAUGAACACUACCUUAGCUUUAGAUUCAUCUGGAGAUGUCUGUAUUGCCUAAAUGUUUCUGCAUGGCCACAAUCUGCUUGUGUAGUGCCAUUACAGUCCUAUCACUGAAUCCACAAAGAUGAAUGUGCUUGUGCCAGGUCUGAGAGGCAGACAUGGGGGUGGGGGAUGAAAAGGAGAAAGCUGACUACUAUUUGACUAAGACUUUGUCCCUGUUCUGUGAUUCUUAGUAGUCCUUGUAUUCUGUGAAACUGUGAUUUCCAUUUUUCCAUUAUUAUUCUGUUACAUACUGAACCAGGUUCAACUAAAAUGUACAUGAUGAUACAUUCAUCAAAUCUAAGGGUUCUCUUACUGAAUUAAUUGCAUGUUGCAUUAAGUAGUAUCCCACAUUCAAGGUCAAAUUCCUCCUUUCUAGAGAAACUCUAGUUUACCAAGGUACGUUUUGUCUUACUUUGUUUAAAAGCAUGACUUGAAAUUGUGUAUAGUUCUAAUAAUUCCAUUACUGCAAACCUGUUAAACUCUCAGAUGACUUACUGAUAUUUAUUUUUAUUUCACAUCCUGCUGAUGAGGAGAAACUCUUGUUAAAGUAAAUAGCCCACCACUACCCUUCCUGAUUACAGAUCAAAGACCUGUGGUUGCACUGUUGUGGACACAUUACUGACUGUAAGUAGUUAACUUUGUCAGGUAUUAAACUUGAAAAGGCUUAUCGGGAGAAUCUAUCCAAUGACCCCCCGCCCCCCACUCAAAAAAAGUUAUGCUAUUGAAGACCAAAUUUUGACCUUUGUGUUUACGCAAUGUCAAUUUAAAACAGAACCAACUUCCACAAUUGUGCCAACAGUGCAAAUUUAGCCAAACAUUAAAGCAGUCUUAAUGUAGGUAAUUUCUUUUUAAAAGCCUUGUUAGUUGAUGAUGUACUUGUAAAAAGGUACAGAGAAGAGGUAGAUGGGUAAAUCUGUUACAGCUGAUGAUUUCAGAGUUUCCUGUGUGUUUGUCCUGAACUUUUAGAUUUUAUUUGUGCAUCGUGGUGAUUGUCUCGUGUUGAAAUGGGUGUUUGAUCUGUCCUAAUGCAUUUGAGUGUGACUUGUUCCUGCCUUGUAUCUUAUGUGCAUCAACAUCUGUAUGCGUGGUAAGCUGUUUCGAUAUUUCAGUCCUGUGUGUUUGUUUUUUGGACUGGUUUGGAUACGGCUUAUAGUUGUAGUAGGAUGUGUUCAGUCAUUGUAGCACCAGUAUACUGCAUUCCUCUCCUGUGGUACUAAUCUGACCAAACACUCGGACGGAGCAGGAACAGGCUGCUUUAUAACAUUGCAGGAUAGCAACCUCACGCCGGGGAAGGUGUUAUUCACACAGCUGUGCCACCAAUCAUGCUUUGAUUAUGCUCAAGAGCCAAGGCAAUUUACAUAGAGUUUUGGUGCUCCCUGGUCACAGAGGGAUUGUGUUUGUGUCUCACUGAUUGUAUAUAGAGAAAUAAAGAGUUUAUAAAAGGAAA